GUUGAAUACCUUGCUAGCUAACAGUUAGCCUCCAAUCUCUUUAACUUAUCGCAAGAACAGUCUCUAAAAUGCCGAGGCUACAGGACGGUCAUGGAAAGGAUGUGAGGUCCAGCUGGUGAAUGUGUUGACUGGUCUAGUACCUCAUCACACAGGCAACUGUUGUGACAGGAUGCCAGAGAUGACUGAAACUCAGACACCUGGUCGUAAGCCAAAAAAGAAGAAAAACAAAGAAUCCCACAAUGCAGUUGAGAGACACAGAAAAGAGAAGAUAAAUGCUGGGAUUAACCGCAUCGGUAAUCUUCUGCCCUGUUCCCAGGCACUUAAACAGAGUAAGAACAUGAUCUUGGACCAGGCUUUUCGCUACAUCACUGAACUGAAGAAACAAAAUGACACAAUGCUUUUGGAAGGAGGGGAUAAAGUCCAAGCUGAGGAGAUCCGUCGAAUGCGGCGUCAGUUGGAGGAGCUGAGGAAGGAGAGUGCUCACUACAUCGAGCUCCUGAAAGCCCACGACAUUAACCUGCUAGAAGACCCCACGAUACACUGGAAGGGCAAACAGCGCUGUGCCAAGGUGGCAAAAGUGACUCCCACUCAUCAACUCCCAAAGGGAAUCAUAGUCUACUCCAAUGGCAACGUGAUGUGUCCUGCAGGAAAGGAGACAAGCCCGGGAAAACAGCCUUCUGAAACAUUAAUUCUUCAGCCACCUUCUGAUGUCAGUGCCGGGUUAAGAGUUAAUGGAGCCUUGCUGCAAGUCAAUACCUCCACUUCUACUCCUGCUCUUCUUCCUGGAUCAACUGUCACACCCACCCAGUCUACACCGGGCCUGAGAGUGGUAGAGCAGUGUGUGAUUGAGAAACCAGCUGCAGCCCCCACUCUGCCGCCUUCUGUGUCUUACAUCACCCUCCAGCUCCCUACAGUCCCCACCACCCUGCCCCAACAACCUCAGCCUGCUGUCCCAGCCCAGACCCUUAGCAUAGCAGCUACUUCAGCCUCACAGCUCCCCACUGAAAGCCCUGCUCCACCUGUUUCCAUUCACACCACGCUAACACAGACUGUAGCCACCUCUAGAGCAGCCGUCUCAGAGGUCUGCUCUUGGGUCACAGAGGACACUGCCAUCAGGAAUGUAAGUUACACUGCUAUCCCGAACAACCAAACACUUCUUACAGCUGCAGCAACAGGCAACACACGGACUACUUGGACAACACUGCAGAUGGCAGGGAACACAGUGCAUCCAGUCUGCCAGAGUCUCGCCACCCCAGAGGUUAGCAACAUCAGCCAGGCUGUCCAGCAGGUGACUGUGUGUCCCAUGGGCAACAAACCAUCUGUUCAGCCUAUUCAAAUACAGAUGCAACCUCAUGUUUCUGUACAACAAGCACCCAUUACAGCUCACAUUCAAGCGCAGCCCUUUCAGAGACAACCGCAGCUACGGCCAGCAAUCCUGAACCAGGCACAGCCUAUCCUAGCCCCCCAAACUCAGUGUGCUGUUCUUCCAAAGCCAGCUGUGGUGGCUCACCCCGCCAUUGUGUCACAGCCGCAAUCUGCUGUUCUCCAGCCCACGUCACUGGUUCCUCAUCCUCCAACAGCCCUCAUUCCUCAGCCUCAGACCCUCUCUCAGCCAGCCCUAGUGCCCCAGCCACAAGCCACUGUGCUGCCCCUUCUUCAGACCAUGCAGGUGCUGCAGGUCAACCCAACUGGAGGAACAGCCUCAGGGGUAACAGCACCACAGAACACUAACAACAACAACCCAAGUGUGGUCAUCCUGCAGCAAGCCAAUGCCUGCCCUUCACAGUCAGUUAUAAGAGAGGAAGUAUCCAAUCAGACACCCUGUCAGCAUAUUGUAAUCAUCCAGGCACCCAAUCAGGCUGCACCUGCCCCUCAAAAUCCUCAGGUUGGCAUGGUGCCUGCUGCUGUGCCCGCUGCAGUACCUGCAUUGCCCACUCAAAUACCCACAACCAGCACUUCAACAUCUCCCACUUCUUUACAGAGUGUUGGGGGAAAGCAGUUGGUGCAUAUUCUCCCACGCCCUGUUCAGCCUCAAAUGAACCAUCCUCUGCAGGUCACGCAGGCAUCCACUUCCCCAACGGUUCCUCCAACCCCACAGACUAUCACUGUGAAUGGUCAGGUGUUUGCCCUGCAGCCCAUGAAGACCUCUGAAAAUGCCAGCUCCCAGGGUGGCCAGAGUACACUACAGCUGGUUCAGCCUACCACCACUGAGGAACCAACUACCAAUGUGGCCCUCAACAGUUUAGGGGCUCUCAGCAGUCUCAACCAGAGUAUCUCUCAGGGCCUUCCACUUACCGUUUCUAGCCAGAACAAUUGUCAGCCUCCAGCCGCUCCAUCAUCACUUGUCCAGCAGAAGCAGCAACAACCUCCUGCUCCAGCACCCCUCCCUGUAACCACACUUGCUCUACCUGUGCGGCAAUUGCAGGUCCCUUCAUUGAGCCCAGUCAAAUCAGGGCUGGUGGUUAAUGCCUCUAAGCCUGCAGGAAAGAGGCUUCGCACAGCUGUCAAUACAAAGAGGUUAACAGCUAAAAGGACCAAACCAGCCAAGAAGAAAGAGCUCAGUCAGGUGAAGCCUGCUGUUACUGUUUCAGCCAAGCCUGCGGCUGCUGCAGAAGAAGAUCAGACAGUUAUAGUGUCCCAGUGCUCAACUGUAAAAGUCACAGACAUUCCCCCCACUUGUACCACAGCUGUCACAACGACAGAUUGCAGUAAAGCUAUUGGAAAUGUCACUUCCACACAAACAACACUGAAAAUGAUUGUGUGUAGUCCAUCUAGUGGGCCAACUGUAUUUAGCCAAUCCCACACACAGAGCAAAAGCUCUGUCAGUGCAACUCAGAGUGAUGUUUUAUUCAGUCACACAAACACUAGUGGUAUGGCCGCUGCAGUUACGACUGUCAGUGCCACAUCAGUCAAACCAUCAGUAAGUACAACUGUGGCCAUUGAGAGUAAAUCUGCUGUAGUUUCUGAGGUGAAACAGCCAAGCACCAGUACACCAACUAGCACAACACAAAGUAAGUCAGCUGCGCCUUCUGCUGUUUCUAGACAGAGCAGAUCUGUGGUCAGUUCUGCAGGUGCCACUGAGGUUCAGUACACUUCCACCACUGUUUCUUCUGCGUGUCUGACUCCAGUCAGCACCUCAGCCACUGCAGCAGUAUCUUUAAACCAGGCUACCCAACCAACUUCUGUAUGUCAUUCCCAGGCAUCUAGUACCCAAAAUCCUCCUACCUGCAAUAAACCUGAGUCUCAGCCCACCACUUCACCCUCUGUGUCCACUACAGUGACACACUCAUCUAUGGCCCCAACUUUUUCUGCAGCCCAUAGCUCCAUUACAGCACCUACAACAAGUUCAGAGUUCAGGAAAAGGGUCACAACCACUAGAGCGCCAACACAGCAGACUGUUGUUAACAUGCCCAUUCUCCCCCUGUGCCAUCCUGCCGAAGUCAAACCGCCCCAGCACCCUGGAAGGAACAGUGAGGUUGAGGAUGGAAGACACUCUGCUGCAGUAGCAGCAGAGAAAGAGGGCUUGGUGGCAACCACAUCUGACACUGCUUCUAGGAAGGACUUUGUCCCUUCUCAACAGGUGUACACUAACCUAGAUGAUCAAACCAUAGAUCACCCUAUGACAUCUAGCAGACAGACAGACUCUCCCAUGUCUACAGGGGCGGGGGGAGGCAGAGGGUUCUCUGUGGCUUCAAUGCUUCCUCAGGGUCACAGUAUUAGUGCGUCAUCUAGCUCCUUUGGAACAUUUACAUUCACAUCUGAGCAGGCAGAGAUGCUGGCUUUGGUCAUGCUGGAACAGGACAGUCCUGGGAGGAGGACAGGAGGAUGCUCUGGGGAAAACACUGCUUCAACAAACCCCACCACUGCCACAUGGGAGCCCCCAAAGACUUCAACAGUGUCAAGCAGUAAAGAAAGAGGCUCAAUUGGACAACAGCAAGCUAAAGUGACUAAACCCAUGGACACAGUAACUGUUAAACCUGCAGUCCAGGUAUCUGUCAGAGGACAAGUUGGGGAGGGGUCUGUCAGUGGGCCCAGUGGAAGCAGACAUCCACAAAACUCAUCUCAUCUCAUCUCAUACUCCCAGUCUCAGUCCCUCAGCUCCUCCCAGAGUGGCACUGUGGCUAGCCUCAGUGUAAACAACCUUAUCAGGCCCAGCUCCAAUCAGCAGCCCUAUCCUGGCUCUCCCAGUCUUGCUGGCCAACAGGGCUCAGUUCCUUCACCUGUGGGGACCUCAGCCCACAUAUCCCAACCCUCAAAUAAUGCACUCUCACCCUGCCCAGGUGCAGCCCAGCUGAACGAGUAUGCCCCUAUAAAAACUGCAUUAAUGAGGGCUCAGGCUGGAGUCGGUGUGGGUGAACGACAAGUGAAGAUCAUCUCCAAGCGGCAGGCCCAGGAGGAGGUGAUGCUAAACACUGGAAAACGACCCAAGCCUUGCCCUCCAUCAGCAACCACUGUUAGCCAUAUGGACGUGAAAGCCCCAGACCAUACCCAGAUGAUGGUGGGACAACUUCCCUCCGCCUCUUCAGCCAUAAUGACGAGAAUUAAUUCUGAGGGUGGUGGUCCUCUCUUCUCCACAAACUCUUUCAUGAGUCCUGUAGUUCGGCCCACAGAUGGCCACUGUCCUCCUCAAGGACCCCCUGAACAGAACCAGCCAGGGGUGCUUCAUCUGCCCCAGGGUCAUCCGCAGCAUGCUGCAACCCAGCCUGGCCAGCACCUGGGUGGGAACCUUUACAUGAAACAGCAGCAGCAAGAACAACAGAGACACCAUCUGUAUCAUUUGCAACACCACCUGACACAGCCUGACUCUGCACAGCGGCACUCGCUACACCAGAGGGCGCUUCAGCAGCAGCAACAACAACAACAGCAGCAGCAGGAGCAGCAGCAACAUGUGCAGAAGAAGCGAGGACUCGUCAGAAGCAGUCAGACCGGUUCACCUGCCGGCUUGCAGAAGCAGCAUCACCUGGAAAAGUCUGGAGUUCAGCAGCAGCACUCACAUCCACAACAGCAGACUCAACAUCAACAGCUCACACAGCAGCAGCAAUCACAGCAGCAUCCACAACAGUCCCACCAACAAUCACAACAUCAGCAACCAACCCAACACCAACAGUCUCAGCACCAACAGCACCAACAACAGACACAUCAACAGCAGCCCCAGACGCAGCAUCAACAACACCAACAGCAGCAGUUACAGCAGCAGCAGCAGAGCUCCCACUCCAGACACCAGCAGCAUCUUCAGCAGCAGAUCCAGCAGCAACAACAGCACUUUAGGCACCAGGAGAAAAGCUGUGAAGCCCAGGCAGCAGGACCCAGAGCCCACCACAGCAGCCACCUGGCCCAGCAGGAGCACCUUAAGUCUGGUCAGGACCAUAAUGCUAUGCAGAGGAUGAUGAGCUCUCGGACUCUGGAGCAGCAGCUCAUCUCUCCUUCCAGUAAUCCUGUGUCCCGGUCGUCUGACCUGGCCUGUGCACCAUCACGCCAGGAACGCCACCGUGUUUCCAACUACUCUGCGGAGGCGCUCAUCGGUAAAAGCUCCACUAGUGGUGAGCAGCAGCGUAUGGGUCUUCACCUUCAGCCCGGCCGCGGUGCCACACAGGAGCAACCAGACCUCCGGGGUUACCUGGACACAUCACGUGGAAAGGCCAACAUUGCACAUAAUCCACAGAACCGCCUGCCCUCAGACCAUCCAGGGUCUGCCGAUGUUCAACGGGUGUCUGAGUGCCCCCCCUUCAAGGCCAUGGGUGGAGGAGCAGGAGCACAUCAGCUCAGUGGAUUUGAGGCACAAGUGUCUCGUGGAAGUGACAUGACCCCUAAGUCGGUGCCUCCUUCCCAGAGGGGACCGCAGGGACAGCAGCAGGGCGGGUUCAGGAUGGGUGUUGGCCCUCCAGCAGAUGGCAGAAACCGUGGUGGUUACACUGGAGUUCAUCUCGGCUCGCAGGGAGUACAGGUUGGCCCAGCGCUGCCCCGGGAGCAGGACGGUUGUCAUCAGAGUUUCAUGCAAAGCCUCCUUUCUCCACACUUACCUGAGCAGAGCAACCAUCAGCGAGCAGUGCAGUGCUGUCCCCCAGUCAGCAUGGAGUACAGCUGUGUGCCCGGAAGCUCUGCAGCAGACAUACAAGCCAAGGCCUCCAGCCCCAGUGUUCCCCAGACCCAGAAGGCCCCAGCUAUGAGGCUUGGAGAGGGCAACAAGGGCCACAUUUCUCAGGUCAACAGUAACAUGCAUGGUGUGCGAGCAGGUCUCCCCCAUCCUCCAACCCCACACAGCAGCUCUGAGCCAGGCCGCUCGUCUGCCCCUUCCAGACCGCCCACUGCUGUUAGUCAGCAUUCUCGCCACAUCACCCGUGAUACUCAGGCUGCCAAACUGAGACCGGGUGACCGGCCUCGAUCAGGUACUCUGAGAUCAAGUAACCCCUUUGAGCCUGACGGUCACCUGCCUCUGCCCUCUGGAGGAGGGGUGCUGCUGGGCAGGCCGCAGUCUGGAGGGGAGGCAAGACGCAGCACUAUCGUUCGCUUUAUGGCAGAUAGUGCUCAGGUUCCUAGCGACAACAACCUGGUUCCAGAUCAACACCUAACACAGAACUUUGGUUUCCCCUUUAUUCCUGAAGGAGGGAUGAAUCCUCCACCUCCCAUCAAUCCUAACUCCACAUUCAUCCCUCCAGUAAGCCAGCCCAACGCCUCUCGUACGCCGUCCCUUCUGCCUGUGGAGCCACAGAACACUUUACCUUCAUUCUAUCCUUCCUAUUCUCCAGCUGCUCACCCCAGUCUCCCGAGCGAUGUCACCCUCCAGUACUUUCCUAACCAAAUGUUCCCCAGCCCAAGUGCAGACAAGGGCAACGCUCCUCCACUCAACAACCGCUUCGGCUCUAUCCUUUCCCCGCCUCGCCCUGUGGGAUUUGGACAGGCAGGCUUCCCCCUGCUGCCAGAUAUGCCCCCUAUGCCUAUCGCCAACUCGUCUGGAAUCACCCCUCACAUAUCCAACUUCAGCCUCACCUCUCUGUUUCCUGAGAUCGCCACAGGCAUGCCCACUGAUGGCUCGGCCAUGCCUAUGUCUCCCCUGCUGUCGCUCUCUAACACCUCGGCUGCCGACUCUGGCAAGCAGCCCAACCGUCCUGCCCACAACAUCAGUCACAUCCUGGGCCAUGACGGUAGCUCGGCUGUGUGAGGAGAGCUCCCUCUGCAUAUUCAACGCCACGGUGGCCUCAUGCUCUGGAGGGAACAGUUUAAUUUUCAGUUUGAGAUUUAUUCGUUCUUUUUAAUGUUUACGUUCAGAACAUGGUGUUGAAGCACCCGAUGAAUGGUUUCUAGGUUAAUAUGACAAAGUCAGUCUGGUGGUGAUUUAUGUUGUUUACAUGUUCAUACAAUUUCAAUCUCAAAUUUCUUUGGCAUAUGUGUGAUGUCAUUGUUAUAAUUUGUAAUAUUUCAAAAGUCCUCGGUCCUUUUAAGCUUUUUUUGUUUAAAAUGUUGGUUAAACCAGCUGUUUGUUAGUACAACAAAAUCUAAUUUAGGUUUAGAACUUGAAUUCAAUGUAUUCUCUGUGAUUUAAGAAACCCUCUGCACAGUUACCUACCAAUGUAAUUUACUAACUUAUAUCAGGUUGUUCUGUACAGAUUGUUUUUUCUUCGAGAGAUAUUUUGUAAAUACCAAUGUUUCAUAUCAGAAUUGUUAGAUUAUGUAUGUAUUUGUAAAUAGAAAAUUGAUUAAUAAAGUUUAUAA